UAAAAUAAGUUGCUGUUUUUCUUUAGUUUUUUGUUCGUUUCUUUUUCUUUUUCUUUUUAACGUGCGACCGGUUGCCUGUGGAAACAGUCCAAAUUGUUAUCAGUGUGUGGCGUUUACAUGUUUUUUUCAGUUCGUACUAACCUACAAAUUACGACGGAUAUCGCCUUAUGUGUUCAGCUUGAGAUUUUUUGCCAUCAGUUUCUCUCUGAAGACUUUGAGGGGUAAACAGACAGUUUUGUUGCGGUUAGUAAAUUAAUAUUUGCGACAUCUGACACCUGCCCGGACCCCGUGUGCAAGGUAAGCUAAGUUAAUGCCGGAGCCAGAUUCCACAGCUACCCAGAACACAACCACAGUGAACCUGCAGUGACGGAAAAAGCCCAGCAGCCAACGUGACUCAUCCUGAUGCGCAGGAAGUUCAGGGUGCAGAGGGGAGAUGCUGCUGAUGCUGGUGUCCUUGCUGCACUGUGUUCCCGCAGCCAAGGCCUGUCUGCAGUGUGACCGCAGAAUCAGGCUCCUACAUGAGGACUUCAUCCUGUCUGCUCCCACCGUGGACGACCAGAUUGAACUGAAAAUGAUCUGUGACCAGGCGUACGUGACCUACAAAGAGACAAGCCAGGAACGAAAGGGAGUCAUUGAUCCCACCACUCUGUACAGAGCCAGAACUGAUUACCAGAGUGAAUUUGACCGCUUCUUGAAAACCAAACAUACUGGAUCUGUCACAUAUGAAGCCAUCCAGAUCAUGGAGAAGGGCAGGAAGAUCUUAGAGAAACACUUAAACACAUUCAUCGGUGAUGGACUGUGCCCUAACAAGUGCGGGAUUUUGAAACGAAGAGUAAUGGAUUGCUUCUCUUGCCGCUACAAGAUAUACAUCUGUCCCUCCCCCUCUGGCCAGCGGGAUUGCGGUGAGUAUCCAGUACUGGCUGAGGAGGGAGGCCAGGCCUUGUUAAACUGUUUCCUCCCAUGGCAUCGUCUUCUGUUGGGAAAAACAGAGUACCACUACUCCUGGGCCCCUGGUGAGCCAGGAGCUAAAAAGCUCAAUGAGAGUGACUUCAGAGCCUUGGUUGUGACAGAUGACUCAUCUGUGGUCUUAAAUCAGCUGCACGUGGAUGAACAAGGAACAUAUCGCUGCUCUCUGCAGAACCAAAAUGGAUUCGUCUUCUACAGAGCCACUUUCCUGCUCACUGUUGCCCCUGUGCCUGACCAAACUCACCGACCUGUCAUCACUCUGCCUCCCCUGCCUCACGGGGACGACCAAUCGCCUUUUCAACCCACUGAGGCCCUGUUGGUGCCAGUCAUAGCCAUGGUUACAGCUCUGAGCCUGGCAGCAAGCGUGGGCAUCACAGCUGUCCUGGGACUGGUGAUUAGUCAGAUGAGAGCUGCAGGGGAGCUGAGCAGAAGAAGGAAAGGCAGAAGAGCCGAACAAAACACGGUGUGAUGAAGAUAAAUACACACUUUAACAGGGAGGUUGUCCCCAGUUCAGGCUGGACAUUUAUCUCAGUGGUUUAAUAAAUUUCCCAGCAGAAACUGCCAAGUCAUGUCAUGAAAAAUUGAGAAAAACAGGUCAGCUACAUACAGGUUGUGUAUUUUUUGAUAUAUGUGUAUCUUAAACAUCAAAAUAAAACUCAGGCAUUAACACUGUGAA